UCACAUUUUCACAUUCUCAAGUAUUCAGCUUUCCUUGCAAACCCUUUGAGAUCUCUUUUAUUUCUUCACCUUCUCUUCUUUCUUCUUUCCUUUAGAGACAAUCACAAGAAUGGGUUUUCGAUUUCCAAGUGUAGUUCAUGCUAAGAAGCUGAUCCAGAGACCUUUUUCAAGUUCAAAAGAUAUUCCAAAAGGGUAUUUGGCUGUUUAUGUUGGGGAAAACAGAAUGAAGAGAUUUGUGAUCCCUUUAUCAUAUUUGAACCAGCCAUCAUUCCAAGACUUGCUCAGUCAAGCUGAAGAAGAAUUCGGAUUCGAUCAUCCAAUGGGAGCUCUUACAAUUCCAUGCAGAGAAGAUGCCUUCAUCGAUCUUAUUUCUCGCUUGAAUGCCUAGUGAUUAGCAUACACAAUCAUUAUUGACAAUCUCUAAUAGAAAUGAUUGUUACAAUUUUGUAAGGCAAACAAUGCCAAUACAUGUAUAUAUUUUUCCUUGGGGAUCAACAAAAAAGCUGUCCCUGAGAUUAAGAUAGAUGAAUACCAUUCCAAAACUUUACCUACUUUGAAUUUGUUGAUCUUGACACUGAAUUAUUCUCAUUUACACUUAUAUUUUAUA